AGCCACGCGCUCACCCAGCCCGACAUCUUUGCCUCAACCUUCUAGUCACGAUCCAGAUUCCAAUUGGCUAAAUUAUCUUCUGAUGCAACACAAUGGACGCCACACUAUCUCGUGUCAGCCACAUGAAACUACGACAGCCUCAACAUUUGGCUACACUUUCAUGAUGCUGGGACGACUGUCGUCGGUGCUGCUGCGUCGCCAAUACACUCGCCGUUGUGUUUCGUUUGGUGCAUUUUCCACAUCAGCUAGCAAGAACAGCUCACCCACUUCCGAUGUGUGGCUGUCUCGCGUCCAUACGACCAAAUCCCAGCGAGAUAUGGAGGAAUUAGGUGAAUGGCUGGCUCGAGAUCGACAGGUAGGCGACGUGCUCUUCCUGCACGGAGACUUGGGCUGCGGUAAAACUUGUCUAGCCCGUGGGUUCAUUCAGUCGUAUACAGGGCAGAAAGACCUAGCUGUAACGUCGCCCACAUAUCUGCUGGUGAACACAUACGACGAGGUUGCAGAGCUACCCACUGUCUACCAUGUUGAUCUCUACCGCUUGGACGCUGUAACGGAACAAGACGCAGUGGCUCUGGGACUAGCUGAGGCCUUUGAACGAGGUGUCACACUAGUGGAGUGGCCCGAGCGCUUCGACGAGAAGAGUAUCCCGACUGAGAGACUGAACGUGAGGAUCUCGUACGAUGAAGAGGACCCCGAGAUCCGUCACGUGGAGCUACAACCCAUAGGCGAACGAUGGAUGAAGCUCUUUAAUGACGACAUUAAAGAAUGAACUUGAAUUGUAUGCACUGCUGGUGAGCUAGACACUAUGUGGGCUCCUGGUUAGACUGUUGUUGCGGUGACAGUGUUGGAAGGCACAGAAGUCCCAGUGUUAAUGGAUAAAAGAAGCUGCCGGAUAUCAUCGGCACUUGCAGUGGGGGUAGAGCGAUAAUUUUCUUUUUGCUGAGCCAGGAAGCACUUGAAAUCGUGUCGUGAAAUGAUACCGGAGCGAGUG